AAUAAUCAACAAGUGACAUCGCGUUGAAUUUUUUUGCAAAAGGAAACAUGGACGCUGAUAGUACUUCAAGCGUAGCUUCGUCAGAAACGAAAGACUUCGGCAAGGCGUUUUGCAUCAUUACAGGAGCAUCUAAAGGGUUCGGAAGAUGUCUCGCUAAAGAAAUAUCAGCUCUCCUAAAACCGGGCUCGGUGCUCCUUCUGGUUGCCAGAUCGGGAGAUAAGCUGCAGGAGCUAAAGGAAGAAUUAUCCUCGCAUAGAGGUGGCCUGGUUGUCCGCUGUGUGGUCGCAGAUCUGGGGCAGAAAGAUGGAGUGGAAAGAGUUUUAAUGGAAGCCAGAGAGAUCUCAAAAUCUGAUAUAAACAGCCUCUUACUAUUCAAUAACGCAGGCUCACUGGGCGAUGUUUCACGCUACAGCCGAAGCUUUACUGACAUGGACGAAGUGGACAGGUAUCUGUCGAUGAACGUGAGCUCAGUGCUGUGUUUGACUGCUGGGAUCCUGCAGCUCUUUCCAGCUAACAUGGGUCUGCGGCGCUGCGUGGUGAACGUGAGCUCUCUGUGCGCUCUGCAGCCUUUUCCUUCUUGGGUGCUCUAUUGUUCGGGUAAAGCGGCACGAGACAUGAUGUUCCGUGUCCUGGCCAAGGAGGAGUCUGAGCUCAGGGUUCUCAGCUAUGCUCCAGGCCCUUUGGACACAGAUAUGCAGCUCAUCGCCCGAUCGGACACAGCGGACAACGAAAUUAGAAACUCUAUGUUGGCGAUGCACUCUGAUGGCAAUCUGCUGACCUGCGAAGAGUCUGUAGGGAAGCUGAUAAAGGUCCUGUUAAAGGAUGACUAUGAAUCUGGAGCUCAUCUAGACUUUUACGAUUUGUAAUCAAAUAGAAGAGAUUUUGAAAUUCGUUCCACUUUAAAUCAAAAUGUUCCUUAAUUAUGGAGAUACUUGCAUAAAGGUAUAAUUAUAGUUUCUUUCUCUUGCAUCUUGUUACAAAAUGCCACCAUCGGCCAACGUUAUGUUUAUAUCAUUUAUAUAAUCCAAACGUCACACACUAUUUACCAUUGUUGUUAGAUUUAAUAAUGUGAAACGUCUAUUUGUAGUUCGUGUUUUUCUUAUCAAACUGUUACUUACAGUCAGGUCCGUAAAUUUUGGAAAUAUAAGUUGUUUUUGGCAGUUGGCUUCUGUACACUGUAGUUUUAAUUCAAGCAGUUUGAACAAGAAGUAGCGUUAACCAUUCAGGACUUACAGCCAUUUUCACACACACACACACACACACACACACACACACACACACACACACACACACACACACACACAUUUUGGGGAUCAUAAAUAAUAGAACAAAUUAGCAUAAUUACGAAAAUGACAAUUGCUUGUGCUCUGACCAUAAUUGGUCUUCGCGACUGUGUAGAAGACAACAUUAAGUUCAUAUGACAUUUUUUGUGUUUAACAUGUUUAUGGCAGCCAAGCAGCAGGUUGCUGCAUUUAAACUAAUUUGAAAUUAGUGACAACAUGAUAGACUCAUUAAAAACCUGAAAUGGAUGUGACUAGGACGUAGUAUGAACUUGAUUAAUUCACAUUUUUCCAUUUUGACCCUGUUCCCUCUGUGAUUUUUUUUUAAACACAGUGGGAACUUUAGGAUCUUCUUCAGAGUGUGAUGGGGCCCUUAGCUAGCAAAGCAAACAGCUACUGCACAGCAGUAGGAGGUGCCAAAUCUUAUACGAAGCUUCUGUUUUGGGAUUAUAUGGAAACAAAUGAAUUAAGUGUAUUUUAAUACAGUUUAAACCUGAAAUCAACCUAAAAUCAUAGUAUUAGUGCAUCUUUAACCAAGAUUAUUUAAAUCAUGGUGACAUUCCUGGUAGUUCUUUAGACAUAAUUUAUGUAAUCUGUAGUUAAUGUAACUUCCUUCUGUAACUUGUAUAUGUAUUAUCGUGAUUUUGUGACAUGGAAAAUCCUUAAAUCUA